CAGCGCAAAGCCGCCGCCGCCGCCGCUGCUUUUCCGUCCCCCUCGUUUGUCGCCUCGGUCCAGGCAGCGCGUGGAGGGGAAGGACCGAGGUUCAGUUCCUGCCCCUCGCUUUCCUCUCUCGGCUGUCCGCACACGGGGUGGGGGGACCGGGCACCACAAGCUGCUCCUACCUUCCUUCCAUCCUUCCUCCCCUGCACAUCUCAGCCUCCUCAUCCAUCCUUCCAUCCAUCCCCAGGGGUGAGCCUUUGAAUGAGCAGCACUGUGGCCAGUCCGAUGUCAGCGGUUGCUUCUUCAAGCAGUGGAAGAAAAUCAACGAGCUUUACACCUGAAUUGCAGAGUAUGAUGUUUUCCCUGGGAGAUGCUCGCAGGCCACUGCAUGAAACCGCAAUUCUGGUGGAAGACAUUGUCCACACUCAGCUGAUAAAUUUGUUGCAGCAAGCAGCUGAAGUUUCUCAGAUGAGAGGAGCUCGAGUCAUCUCUGCUGAAGAUCUCCUGUUCUUAAUGCGCAAAGAUAAGAAGAAGCUUCGAAGGCUACUUAAAUACAUGUUUUUUCGAGACUACAAAUCUAAAAUUGUCAAAGGAAUAGAAGAAGAUGACCUCCUUGAAGCAGUGACAUCACCUGAUAUUUGGAGAAGCCAAAUAGGUUGUUUGUUCUGUUUUGCUUGUCUUUGUGAAGACAAAUUCAACAGCAAUAACACCAACAAGAGGCAGAAGCUGGCCCAAGACUUUCUCAACUCCAUUGACCAGACUGGAGAGCUCUUGGCCAUGUUUGAAGAUGAUGAGAUCGAUGAUGUCAAGCAGGAACGGAUGGAGAGAGCAGAAAGACAAACACGAACCAUGGACUCAGUCCAGUAUGCAGAAUUCUGUGAAAGUCGGCAAUUGAGUUUUUCAAAGAAAGCAUCCAAAUUCCGUGACUGGCUGGACUGUAGCAGUAUGGAAAUAAAGCCAAAUGCAGUUGCAAUGGAGAUUUUGGCAUAUUUAGCGUACGAGACUGUGGCCCAGCUGGUGGACUUGGCCCUUUUGGUUAAACAGGACAUGACUUCCAAAGCUGGUGACCCAUUCAGUCAUGCCAUAUCUGCCACCUUCAUACACUACCACAACUCUACUGAGCCGCAUCUCUUAGGGCAGUCUACGAGUGUGAAGACCAGCCUUGAGUCCCCUGAGAACACACCACCCCCUACACCCACUCCACCAGCAUCAGCAGGGCAGCAGCACCUUGGGAAAACCCCCUCAGGAGCCUUGGGGAAUGGUGGAAUUGGACAGGACUCCACCAAAUCCAAACAAAGGAAAAGAAAAAAGAGCACUGCAGCCUGUGGGAUGGAGGCUCAAAGUGAUGCCAUCCAGCCCAGCCACAUCAGAGAGGCCAUUCGACGCUACGGCCACAAGAUUGGCCCCCUUUCCCCAUUCACAAGUGCCUACCGCAGGAAUGGGAUGACUUUUCUCGCCUGCUGAUGUGGAUGUGGCUGCAGCAACAGGAAAGACAGUAUUAUAUUAAGGUGAUUUUCUUUUCCCCUCCAUGGAAGGAAAAAAAAUACAAGCUCCAAUGUCUCCAUGUACCAGUGAGUGGGCUGGUUUGUUGUGACUAUCUGCUGGCUGUCUCUGUCUCUUUUUCCAGCCCCCUCAAUCGUUAUUCUUGUUUACUAGCUGGAACAUUUAGCUAAUUAAUGGCAGGAUGUUUGGGAUAGGGUGUAGGUGGACAAGAAUGCAGCUCAGACAAUGCUGGAGUUUGCAGGGGACUUUCUGACUGCCAUGUCAUUUUUAUUUAAGUGUCUGGAAGUCUGUAUGUUCUCCAAAAGAUGUUUUUUGUAAAGCAGGAUGGGGCAGGAAGAGGCCAGAUAUAGACUGGGUUGUUCAUUAGGUUGUAUAAAGGUUAUGUAGUUUUCUUUGCAAUUUUUACAAAAACAAAAACUAUUUCCCUCUAUUUUCUACUAAUUUCCACUUGUUUCCCUCAAUUAAUAUCUGUUCAUAGAGGAUAACCCAGUUCAGUCCAGUGAGGGGAUUUUGAUGACAGCCAUACCAAGUUUGGAUGCAAAAAUACUCAGAAAAAGUUCAGGUAAACUAAACAUUACCAGUUAGAGACUUGGCUUUUUGCAGACCCAAAGAUGGGCUAAGUGCUCACACCCAAAUUUUCAGUACUGGCAUCUCCUAAGGUUUGAGCCAUCAUUGUCCAAAAUCAAAGAAAGCCUUUGCAGUGACUUGGCACUGGAUUGGAUCCCUAUUUGGAAAAAUACAUUCUAAAGUGUUUCAAUAACUGUGUCUGUCUCAGUGGUUCUAGGCAAGGGCUUAACGUUGUGUACUUGCUCAGCGUUUGCUGCAGGAAGCAGAUGUUGUCCCUGUUGUUGACAAAGGCAGCAUUACUGUUGGAUUUGCUUAAAGAAGAAACCAGCUCUUUUUCGUUUUUUGGGGUUUUUUUUAAUAUAUAUUUUAGCUAACGUUGUUUGUUUUCAAGAUUUUUUUUUUGAUUUUUUUUUAAAUCUCAGUCCCUGCCUCUGUGUUUGUUCCCAUCCCUUUGCUCCUCCAGCCUUUGCUGGCCUCACAAGCACAUUCAUUUCUUCCCGUAAAAACCGUACAAAUAUAGAGCUAACCACGAUGAUGCUUGAGCAGGGAAAAGGGCUCCUGCUUCAGCCCCUCACCAGGAUCUGCUGGCACAUCCUGCUGGUGUCCCUGUGGUAUCCACACAUCAGGGGUCUUCAUCUGCCCUGAGCUCAGGCUUGGAAUUCAACUUAAGCCUCAAGUUAAUACAGAGCACUCAAGGGAUCAAAGGAGAAAGCGAAGUAUUUUAUAUAGUGCAGCCAUCCUCCUCCUCUGUGCUUAGUAUGUGAGGUCUUAAUUUUUCACUUCUGCUCUGUGCUCCUCUUGUGGUCGUUUGUAGGUGGUUUUGUUGUCCUGCUCUCUUGGACCUGCUUGCAAAAACUUUAAAUAUAUGUGUAUUUUUUAAAUAAAUGGAAAAAUUCUCUUUGCAACCAAUGUAUUGUAAAAGUAAACGUCGUAUGUCCAAUAUUGCUGCCAUUCAUAAAUUGCUUUUAUCUUUUAUCUGCUUACACUUCUGUUUUCUGGAAAUUUUCUGUGUGUAAAGGACUAAAAGUAAUGUGUACAAUGUAUUAAACGAGGGAGGGGGAAGUUUUCUGAUGUUCCA